AUGCGUUUAGCUCUCGACCUUCUGAUAGCAUUCAAUUCCUUGGCCGUCGCUCGGGCUUCCUCCAUCUCACAACCCGCAUCUGACUGCAGCAGCCUGCUCAAUCUCACGCUUGCUCCAGGCUAUGAGGUGUCCAAUGCGGCGAUUUUCCAAUCUGAGACCCUCAACGCAUCAGGCAUUGUCAACACAGUAGCACUUUGCCGAGUUGAAGGCACCAUACACUAUGGCCAUGAUCUCGCGCCUGGCGACGAUGGUCCCAACACUCUCACUUGGAACCUAUACCUACCGAAGCCCAACGACUACAAUGGUCGAUUCAUAGCAGUAGGUAAGGAUCAUCCGACAAUAUCCAUGGAUUCAUCUCCAUUGCGCCCAAAGGCCGUGAGCUUACUUGAUAUACCGUUAGGAAAUGGCGGUUAUGCCGGUGAAAUUGACGAAGCAUCUAUGAUGACCCAGCUCAACCUCGGAUACGCCGUUGCUGGCUGUGACAGUGGGCAUUCUAUUGCUGCCACUGGCAACUCAACAUCCGCUCCAUUCCUGAAAAAUAACGCAGAGGUCAAGGCGUGGAUACACGAUUCCAUCGCAAUGACCACCAACCUCACUCGGGACUUGACUACUGAAUUCUACACCGAGACCCCAGCGUUCAGUUACUACUACGGGUGCUCUACCGGUGGCGCCCAGGGAUAUGCCUUAGCCCAGCUUUAUCCCGAGAUGUUCGAUGGGAUUUUCGCUGGAAGCCCUGGGAAUUGGUAUAGCCACCUCAUCCUCAGUUUCCUUUGGAAUGGACUGCACACACAAAGAAGCGGCUAUAUGAGUCAAGAGGUGCUGGACUUCAUCACCGCAAAGGUCGGAUCGGCAUGUGAUCAUCUCGAUGGUGCUAUUGAUGGGCUUAUUGAGAACCCUCAACUGUGUAAAUACAAUAUUACACAACUUGAAUGUGCCUCUGGGCAAAACUCAACAACGUCGGAUGGUGCAGUUGAGUGUUUGACUUCUGAUCAAAUUUCAGCAACAAAAGCUAUCUAUGAUGGCCCCAAGAGCACGAUUGACGGAGAAGAGAUCUAUCCAGGAAUGAGUCUGGGAUCCGAGAGCAGUUGGCUUUUGCAAGAAACCACGCUGUACACCACCUACUCGGCCUUAAUAUUGAAAGAAUUAGUGUUCGACCGAUCGUCAUAUAAUGUCUCCAAGUUUGACUGGGGUGAAGACGUCCUCGAGGUCGAUCAGAUCGCAUCACCGCUUAUCGACGCAAUUUCAUCAGAUCUCUCUGCUUUUCACAGCCGUGGGGGAAAGUUGAUCACCACGCAGGGCUGGGCGGAUCCUUUCAACGCAGCCCUGUGGCCAAUCCAGCACCGGAACCAAAUCCAAGCCAACAUGAGCGGAAUAAAUGCCAGUGAUUUCAUGGAAAUUUUUAUGGUCCCUGGCGGUGGACAUUGUGGUUCGAACCCUGCAUACCCCCAUGUCCCUGGCACAUAUGAUGUUCUCGACGCGCUGGCCCUGUGGGUAGAGCAAGGCGUUUAUCCGGCGGAAAUAAAGAGUUCAGACCCUCCAGAUGGAACGAAUACCACGCGUAAGCUUUGUCCGUGGCCGAAGAAUGCGCGAUAUGUGGCUGGGGACAUCGAUGAUUGGGUUUCGUACGAUUGUGCAUAG